AUGCACUUGUUUCUGAUUGCCAUUAAAGUUAGUGUCUCGGCAGGAGAUAGUUUUGUAUAAUCAUUCAAGUUUUUGAUAUUCAUCAUAUCGGUUAGAGCUCGUAAAAUGUGUAGUAAAAUUGUUGAAACGGGGACAUAUUUUGAUCCUGAAACAAGGAUAUGGACUGGUCCAAAACUUAAAAUGCAAUCUGGUGCAGAUGCUUCUUUGGGACGUUGUAUUGUUGAAAGCUUAUUGAAAUUACCUGACCAUAUUGCACAGAUCUGUGCCAACAAUGGAAAACAAUACACCAACGAACAAAUUCUUACCAUGAGCAUUCGAAUAGCUCAACAUCUUGAAGAUAUUGGCAUUCAACAAGAAGAUGUUAUAGGCAUUUGUGCUUCCAAUACGGACUUUCUAGCUCCAUUAGUAUUUGGAUCUCUGCUAUGUGGGACAAUUAUAAGUACUCUAGAUCCUUCAUUUGACAAAGAUGGCGUUCGACAUAUAUUUAGCAUAACUAAACCAAAAAUCAUGUUUUGUGAUGGCGGCGAAGUGUAUCAGAUCGUUAAAGAAUCAUUGGCAGAAAUUGAUCCAUCCAUUCCAAUCUAUACAAUAAAAAAUCAUUUUGAAGGAGUUAGAAGAAUCGAAGAACUCAUUGUUUCUACAGGAAAGGAAGCUUCAUUCAUCGUGAAACCAUUGAAAAGAGGAAGCAGCCAAACAGCUCUAAUCUUGUGUUCAUCUGGAACCACAGGACUACCCAAAGGCGUUUGUAUGUCCCAUGAGAGCCUUAUGAACUCAUUAAUUUUUUCCUUAAACCCAGAUGACAAAUUGCUUGGAUUUAGUACUAUAUAUUGGGUUUCUGGAAUUAUUUGUCUCGUUCAUGGCACCAUGAAUAAUUGUACUAGAGUCAUAACUGAUCAAAAGUUCUCACCCGAAUUAUUUCUCAAAAUAAUUGAACAAUACAAAAUUACUGCAGUCUUUACUCCACCAUCACAAAUGGCUAUGGCCGUCCAAUGUCCAGACAUAUCGAAGAGGGACUUAAGAUCUUUAUUGACAUACAUUUGUGGUGGGAGUGCUGUUCCAUUUGCAGUUGUACAAGAAUUUUCCCAACACGUAAAAGACUGCCAAAUGAUUAUUGGCUAUGGCAUGAGUGAACUUUCUGGUGGAUGUUGCUUUGGCAUUCCGACAAAGGCUGGUGAAAAUGGCAAGUUAAUGCCCAAUAUGACAGUCAAAAUUAUCGAUGAUAAUGGUAAACAACUUGGAAUUGGUGAAAUGGGUGAAAUUUGUAUAAAAAGCCCCUUUAAUUGGGCUGGAUAUUUGGGUAAUCCGACAGCUACAAGUCAGAUUUACCAUCAAGAUGGAUACAUUUAUUCGGGUGAUAUUGGUUAUUUCGAUGAAAGCGGUUCUUUGCUGAUUGUUGACCGAAAAAAAGAUAUCAUGAAAUACAAUAAUUUCCAUUUUUCGCCAAGUGAGAUUGAAGAGGUUAUUAUACAAAUUCCAGAUGUUGUGGAGGUGUGUGUUUGCGGAAUUCCUGAUAUUAUUUCAAGCUUUUUACCAGCUGCUGCUGUUGUUAAAGUUCCGGGUAGUAGUUUAACUGAAAAUGAUAUUGCUCAAUAUGUAGCUGAGAGGAUGGCGCACUUUAAACACUUGCAUGGAGGAGUGUACUUCUUGGAUUCGUUGCCAAAAACUGCUUCAGGGAAAAAUAUUCGAGCCAAAGUUACCAAAAUUUUAGAAUCUUUAUAUGAUCAAAGAAAAGAAAAAUCAUUUGCAUAGACAAACAUGUUGAUGAUUAAAUUGUCUCAAGUUAGAAAUAAUUUGUGAGUUAAAGUAAAUAAAAUUGAUAAAUUGUUGGUUUAA